AUGGCUGAUGUUCAUCCUCGGAUGCACCAGUUCAAUACCUCAAACACCCCUCCGAGAAUGCCCAAGAUUCCCAAGAAGAUGCUGAAAAGACUGCUCAAUGUCUACGGCAAGAAGAUUCACAAAAAGCUGAAGAGAAAAACACGUUGCGAUACGAAAAAUAGAAAUGUGUGGAAUAAUGCAGACUUUCGAAUCGAUUUGGGACAGUCUGCUAAGACUCAUGGCCAUCUCAAGACUUGGCACUUGCAUUUCAACAAGAAGGCCACUUGUUUCCCUACAAAAACGGCGUAUAGUACAUUUGAUGAAUGA